AUGAGCUUAAACAAAUAUGAAGCUAGUCGAAUUGAUCAAAUCCCAGUUUUCGAACAGAAUGAGCUUGAGGCAGCUCGCUUGGCUCGUUUGGCAAAUCUCGGUUGGCUCCGGAACCUCCCCGAAAAAUGGGUCCCAUAUGCGGAGUUGAUGCGUUUAGAAAAACCAGUAGGCACGUUUUUGCUCCUCAUUCCCUCCCUUUGGGGAAUCACCAUGGCCGCUUACGGCAUCAUGGCGCCAUUGGCAACCACUGUAUCUGCAAUUGCUCUAUUCUCCGUAGGCGCACUUAUUAUGCGGGGUGCCGGUUGCACAAUCAAUGACAUUCUAGAUAGAAACCUAGACAACAAGGUGGCAAGAACGGUGGAGAGACCUAUUGCCAGCGGGAGAGUCAGUGUGCCACAAGCAGUGGGUUUUUUGGCCGCCCAGUGUUUUGCUGGCUUGGGCGUUCUUCUUUCAUUGCCCUUUGAGUGCUUUUAUUUAGGGGCGUUGUCGCUUCCCUUCGUGUUCACGUACCCACUUUUCAAGCGGUUCACUUACUAUCCACAAGUCAUGAUAUCGAUCACCUUCAGCUGGGGCUGUUUGCUUGGCUUUCCCGCUGUGCUCGCUCCUCUCAAUUUGUUGGUCGCGGCCCCGUUGUUUUUGUCCAAUUUCUUGUGGAGUAUGAUAUACGACUCCAUAUAUGCCCACCAGGAUAAACGUUAUGACAUCAAGGCAGGUAUCAAGUCGACAGCGUUGGCAUGGGGAGAAAACACCAAACCGAUUUUGUACGGCUUAUACGCGCUCCAGGUGUCUUCGUUCUUGACCGCUGGUUUUGUCAAUUCCAUGGGCCCUUUCUUUUAUUUGGGCGCCGCUUGGGGUUUUCAGCGGUUGUUUUCGCAAAUCAAAAAAGUGGACUUGGACACUCCCAGCAGUUGCUGGGCCAUGUUCACGGGAAAUAUAAAAACGGGCUGGAUUUUGUGGUUCGGUAUGUUCAUCGACUAUUUGGUUAAGAUUGGCGGGUUUUUCUGA